CAAAGCUCUCUCUCUCUCUCUCUCUCUAGUCAUCUAUCUGUGUAGAAUAGAUAGCCCACAUGCCUCCUCUCUCUUGGUUUCUCCUUUUUGAGGUCUUCAAAUAAACAAGUUUUUUAAGCACUCUUUCAAGCUUUGAUUCUGUUGCAAAAAGCCUUGAGGACCACCUUGCCUUUUGAUAACACUCCAUAAAUUUCUCUCUCUCUCUUUCUCUCUCUCACGAACAGUGUAAUGAUAGUGGAAGGGAGCUUCUUAUGAGCUAGAAUUUAGAGUCCCAAAAUGGUUGAACAACAUGGUGGCUAUAAUGCUUGGCCGCCUAUUGGAGCUCCAUUAUUGAAUAUGCCAAGAGAUGACCGUUGGAGGCACUUUGAUAACUCUGUCAAUGCAGUGUCCUUUGGGUUUGUAGCAACUGCCAUUCUCAUCUCAAUGUUCUUAGUCAUGGCCAUUUUUGAAAGAUUUCUCAGACCCGCCUCUGGCAGAACCCAUGGUGACCUUGAGUCCCAGAUGGGGUUCAAUGCCAAGCUUGGCCACCCAUCACCAAAAAUGACUGUAUAUGCCAAUGGAGUUUCAGUGUUGAUGCCUGGAGAUAAUGUUCCUACCUUUAUAGCACAUCCAGCGCCUGUGCCUUGUCCUCCUGAACCCGUUUGCUGCACUCACCAACUUCAUGUGAAUUCAUUUUCAAACCCCAUCUCCAAUGCAAACUCAAGUACAAGCUCAAGCUUGAGUCGAGAAAACUAAGCAUGUGAAAGUGGCUAUUGUGAUAUAAAAACGAUAAUCACAACUACAGUCUACAUAUUUCUGGAAUAGAGGUUUUUCCCUUCUUUUUUUUUUACUUCUUACCAUAGAGAAUGUCUCGUACAUAUAGCAUUAGUUUUUGAUGGGGUGGAUGGCUUGGGCAGAGAAGAGUUAUUAUUCUCAAACUGUGUGCUAGGCUUGCUCCCAGAUUCAUCUUUGCUUCAUAUUUGCAUGUUCAAAAGAUUUUUAGAUAGAAUUGGAUCCCAGAAGAUGGAUUGUUUUGCCCAUCACAUUGGAUUAGUCUACCUGUGAGAAAUUGAAGAAUGUAAUUUAUGUAACAUUAUGGGGAGAGUUCAAUGGCCUUCCUUUGUUUCAUAUUGAGUGAAUUUUCUUGUAACAA